AUGGCUGAUAGCCAAGCAACGUCAUCAAAUCAAGACAGCAUACGAACCACGGUAUCUGUCAUUUUGGUAAUUGUUUUUGUACUUGUCAUCGGCGGUUUAGCAUAUGUCGCUAGACCAGGUUCACUCCUGAGCAUCCGUCAACGGGAAAGGCACCACCCUGCGAACAUCAACACCAACGUCAACACCACGGGCGGCCUAGGUCGGAACACAGCACACUAUAUCCCACUAGUCGUCUAUCAUCCCCAGCCAAGCCAUUUAGAAGAUGCUCAUACAUUGAAGGCGAAGAACAAGACAUCUGAACACGAGCCAAGUGACGGCGGGGUACAGAUUCCAAAGCCCGUCUUCAUACGGCACUCAAAACCAACCCGGAAACAGCCAGAGUCAGGAUACGGCGACCAGUCUGAAUGUUCUAUUUGCACCGAAGAUUUUAUUGAUGGCGUUUUGCUGCGCCUAUUACUCUGCGGCCACAUGUUUCACCCGGAGUGCAUCGACCCAUGGCUUGAGCGGCGGGCUCGUACUUGUCCUCUAUGUCGCGCAAAGUUUCGAGUGCAGCCUCCCCCAGCAUCCUCUGCAAGCGCUACACGAUAG